ACCCUUCUUGGGCGGGUCCUUGUCAGUUUCAUCCUUUGUAACUUUCCCACUUGGAACUCAACUGAGAUGUUCAACUUGCGAGGAGCCGCGGAGCACCGAGAGCUCUCGGCUCCAUCUUCAGUCGACGGGAUCCUACUGUGGAUUCGUACGCAUCAAUUUCCCUCGCAGCCCUUCAGCCACCCGAGCCCCGAGAACAACCGGACGGUCUAUUGAAGCGUCCGGAUCGGCUUCGGGAAGGCACCAGCACCUAAGGGAGGGGGGAAAGUACCCCCUGCAACCCAGACCGAGGUGUUAGGGGAAUAAGCCCCCGAACGCUUCCCCCCCACUGAUCUCUUCCAGCGGCCGGGGCAGAUUUGCAGUACUGGGUUGGCAAUGCCUUUUGGAUGUGUUACCCUGGGAGAUAAAAAAGAUUACAAUCAGCCAUCUGAAGUGACUGACAAAUAUGACCUGGGGCAGGUCAUCAAAACAGAAGAGUUCUGUGAGAUAUUCCGUGCCAAGGAGAAGUCAACAGGGAAGCUCUACACAUGCAAGAAGUUUCUGAAAAGGGAUGGGCGCAAAGUACGGAAGGCAGCCAAGAAUGAGAUCAUCAUCCUGAAAAUGGUGAAACACCCCAAUAUUCUGCAGUUGGUGGAUGUGUAUGUCACCAAGAAAGAAUACUUCCUCUUCUUGGAGCUAGCCACUGGCCGGGAGGUAUUUGAUUGGAUCUUGGACCAAGGUUACUACUCUGAGCGUGACACCAGUAAUGUCAUUCGGCAGGUGUUGGAGGCUGUGGCAUACCUGCAUACACUCAAGAUCGUACAUAGGAACCUCAAGGCAAAGAACUUGGUAUAUUUUAACCGACUAAAGAACUCCAAGAUUGUAAUCAGCGACUUUCACUUAGCCAAGUUGGAGAAUGGACUCAUCAAGGAACCCUGUGGAACUCCUGAGUAUCUAGCUCCUGAGGUGGUAGGCCGCCAGCGAUAUGGGCGGCCUGUAGACUGCUGGGCUAUUGGUGUCAUCAUGUAUAUUCUUUUGUCAGGGAAUCCACCCUUCUAUGAGGAGAUGGAUGAAGAUGAUUAUGAGAACCAUGACAAGAACCUGUUCCGCAAAAUCUUGGCUGGUGACUAUGAGUUUGAUCCUCCAUAUUGGGAUGAUAUCUCACAAGCAGCCAAGGACCUAGUGGCCCGUCUGAUGGAGGUGGACCAAGAUCAGAGGAUUACAGCAGAGGAGGCUAUCUCUCAUGAGUGGAUCUCUGGCAAUGCUGCUUCAGAUAAGAACAUAAAAGAUGGAGUGUGUGCUCAGAUUGAGAAAAAUUUUGCCAGGGCAAAAUGGAAGAAAGCUGUUCGAGUGACUACUAUGAUGAAGAGACUCCGAGCAUCAGAGCACACAGAUGGAGCCAAACCAGCCAUUCCUGCUGCUGCAACAACAGACAGUGCUGCCAAGACAGAGACCACCAACGCCCCACAAGCUAAAGCUGAAGCAGACAGCACAGCGCCAACCACUGCCACCACUGCUGAAGCAGUGCCAGCUACAACAGCAGUGGCUACAACAGCGGUGGCUCCAGGUCCUGCAACAAGCCUGGAAACAACACCAACAACUCCUGCAGAAAUUUCGGCAACAUCGUCAGCACCAACUACAUGUAACGGGGAGGAAACCACUACACCUAGUGCCACCCCAGAGUCCUGGAAGGAGGAGACUGGCUGAGUUGGGGGGUAGGGCAAGGGUGGGGUUGCACCUCUCUUUGUUGAAUCUCUCUUUGUAAAUAAUCACUGGCAUGGUAUCCUAGCCUUUCCUGGCUUUCUAACCAACCCCUCUGCGUGUGGCCGUCAGUCUGUCUGACUUUGUGUGUCUGCAGCUAGGUGCCAGCAGAGUUUCUAUUUUUAUGUGACAGAGUCCAGAAUGGCCCUCGUGGGACCAAGUAGUUCUGGAGACUGAGCUCACUGCAUGAAAUUCUAUCUUUUCCUCUGUUGCGUUUCUUUUCUUUGUCAUGUUUGGCAACCUUUAGUAAGUUUCUUUUCUUACUACUAGCUGCCCCCAAGCAUUCUCUCUGUCAGUCAGUCACCUCCUACCCAGCUUUCUCACUUUGCCAGGGUCACAAGACACUGA